UAUAGUAUUUAGAGUAUUUCGCUGAAGAAGAAUAACUCUGUUUGGACUGGUCAUGUUAUUUGAAGGUGGAAGGUGGUGUCUCGUGCCUCCAUUAUGUUCAGUAACUUUGUAAACAUGGCUACAUCACUGGGUAGCUAACGACCAGGGGCCUGGUACGUUACCACGAACAAGUUUAGCUUCAGGUUAUAUUACACACAGUUAAUACAGUGUUGGAGUCUUAAAACAUUGGAACCUCAAAGUGAUGCAAUGUCACUAUAAAGCUAACGGGUGGCUGACUGACACGCUCGCAGAUCAGUUCUGUAAUGCCAUCGGCGUCCUGCAGCAAUGUGCGCCUCCUGCCUCCUUCAACAACAUCCAGACAGCUAUCAACAAAGAUCAGCCAGCGAACCCAACCGAAGAAUAUGCCCAGCUGUUUGCAGCCCUGAUCGCCAGAACAGCCAAAGAUGUGGAUGUACUAAUCGACUCCCUGCCCAGUGAGGAGUCCACGGCAGCUCUGCAGGCGGCCAGUCUGCGGCAGCUGGAGGAGGAGAACCAUGACGCAGCAGCUCGUCUGGAGGAGGUGGUUUACCGCGGCGAUGUGCUCCUGGAGAAGAUCCAGAGUGCGCUGGCUGACAUCGCCCAGUCUCAGCUCCGCACGCGCAACGGAGCACCGAGCCAGCCCUCGCCGGCCGAAUCCUGACCCGCUGUGUGUGUGUGUCUGUGUGCAUAACGCAGUCCUGGACAAUUCUCAAUCUGACUCUUUACCCUCAGACAUCAGCUGCAAGAUUCAAAACACUCAAAGAAUAUGUCUGUAAAGACCAAAACGGUCGAUGAAACAUAAUUUGGUUGCUUAGCAAUGUGUCCUCACGUACAUACUAUUUUGCUUAAGGACCUUACUGCUGGUACAAAAAUAUGUCUCCAAAAGACUGGUCUGAAUGUGGGAACGGUCACCAUGUCAUGUUUUUUUAUGUUGUAUGUUGAUCAAGUCUGUUUUUGUAGAUAUUUUUGAAUGGAAUGAUUGAAAUUCUCGUUUUGGAGUAUCUCCACUGAAAAGCCUCUCGGCACUCUUCAGAACAGUUAAACUCACUCAGCUCACUGUUACUCCGAAGUUUUUUUUUUUUUUUUGUUUUUUUUAAAAUAAAUCUUGAACAGACACAG